AUGCUGGACGCCUUUGAGAUUGUCACAACAUCCGGGAUUGUGCUGUGGCGCAAGCACUACGCUCCUGUCUCCAGCACUCUGAUCAACAACCUCAUCAACGAUGUCUUUAUUGAAGAGCGACAGAAGGAAAGCGGGGCGGCAUACAAGAGCGACAAGUACACGCUGCGCUUUACAACCGCAAAAGAUGUCGGAUUGAUCUUCGUGGCCGUCUAUCAAUCCCUCCUUCAUCUCUCAUGGGUCGACAACCUCCUCACGGCCGUCAAGGCUCUCUUCGUCAAGCAAUAUGGCCCCGCUCUUUCCACCAGCAGCAGCAAUCUGGCCAGCAUCGACACGCGUGACUUCGACCCCACGUUUGAUGCUCUUGUGCGCAAACUCGACACGGGUAGCACGCGACAGACGACUGCCGCCAGCGAACACGAUWCCGAAAGUCAGGUCGAGCUCACCCCGCCGAGCAGCUCCGCAUCGGUCAAUAGCGACGAUGCGCCUCCCCCUCCACCCGUUCCACAGUUUUUGAAGCCACAGAAGAGGAACGUUGAACUAUUGGGCGAUGAUAGCACCGGAGCGGACACAACGCCUCUGGCCACUCCCGAGACAUCACGCCCGACUACUCCCGCUAUGCACGCUGCUUCACAUUUGUUGACGGGAAAGACCGGGCCAGGAGGGAAAAUGUCAAGAAGGGGCAGGAAGGCGGGAAACGCACAGUUCAGCCCCGCGCCGGCAUCUAGUGGGGAUGAGGCUCCUAAGAAGAAGAAGGAUUUGUCCAAGCAGAAGAGACGUUGGGAUGCUGAUGGUCAGGCGCUGGAAGGAGAGGAGGAGGUAUUGGACUACAGUGCUGCUGCCACUCCGGCGGAUGAGAAGUUGGAAAUGGGUGUCAGUGCUGAGGUUGAGGCGGUACGAGCAGACGAUAUGGGACGACGAACCGGCAAAGGCCAGUUCGUAUUGAAAGAUCUCGAAGAUGAAGUCGAUUCCAUUCUCGCACAAAACAAGCAGAAAUCAGCAUCGGCAUCGACGUCGGCAACAUCAAAAGAGGUCGAUUCCAGUYUUAUAGGGACAGCAACGAGCAAGAUCUCUGGCCUGUUCCGGAACGUGGUUGGCGGCAAGAAACUAACGAAACAGGACCUCGCCCCAGCCCUUUUGCAAAUGCAGAACCACCUUCUUGAGAAGAACAUCGCCCGGGAAGCAGCCGAGCGUCUCUGCACCAGCGUGGAAACCGAUCUCCUAAAUCAAACCACCGCAUCUUUCACCUCAAUCGACAAGACCAUCCGCGAGAGCAUGUCCCGUGCUCUGACACGGAUUCUCACUCCAACUUCCUCUCUCGAUCUCCUGAGAAAUAUCACAACCACCAUUUCGUCAUCCACUCCCCGGCCAUACGUGAUCAGCAUUGUCGGAGUCAACGGCGUGGGAAAGAGUACCAAUCUCAGUAAAAUCGCCUACUUCCUACUCCAAAACAAAUUCCGAGUCCUGGUAGUAGCGGCGGACACAUUUCGUUCUGGAGCCGUGGAACAACUUCGCGUGCACGUCCGAAAUCUCACAGAGCUCGCCAAGAGAGAGAACGUCGGGCACGUCGAACUCUUCGAAAAGGGCUAUGGGAAAGACGCAGCAACAGUCGCCCGGGACGCCGUAACGUACGCUUCCUCAAGGAACGGCUCCGAAAUGCUUUUCGACGUGGUCUUGAUUGAUACAGCCKGCCGCCGUCACAACGACACACGCCUCAUGUCAUCCCUGACAAAGUUCGGACAACUCGCCAAUCCAGAUAAAAUCUUCAUGGUUGGUGAAGCCCUUGUGGGGACGGAUUCCGUAGCUCAAGCGAGGAACUUCGCGAAGGAGUUUGUGGAUGCCAAGGGGGUUAUGAGGAAUGAAGGAAGGGGAAUGGAUGGAUUCAUUAUAAGUAAAUGUGAUACUGUGGGGGAUAUGGUGGGAACACUUGUGAGUAUGGUACAUGCGACAGGGAUUCCGGUGGUGUUUUUGGGUGUGGGGCAGCAUUAUGGAGAUUUGAGGGGAUUGAGGGUUGAGUGGGCUGUGGAGAAACUCAUGUCUUGA